AUGGCCACUUCUGCCCAAACAACUACUUAUGUAGUACGUUCAGUGAAAGAUUUUGCAGUUACUGUGAGUCUCCGGUAUUGGGAUUUUCCAAUGGUGUGUGUUGGGAUUGAGUAUGGAGAUGAAGUGAGAGAUGAAGAAAACAAAAGGGGCUGUCCCUUAAUUUAUGGGUACUCUCCGAAGCCUGAGCUUAGCAGUGAAGAAACUGAUUGGAGUGCAUCAAGUUUCUUGAUAGUUACAUCUUAUAGCCCGUACGGUACUAUAUUUAUUAUUGAUCAAAGAUUGCUGUAUUUCAAUACCAUGGAACACAAUCUCUUCAAUUAUUUCUUGUUUGCGAGCGAAAUAUAUGUACCUGUAAUGCCAAAAUCUGCAAGCUCCACUGUUGCCGUCCAUCCUAACGAACCCGUUACUUGCCAAUCUGCUUUGUUUGCAAAAUUAAAACUUGUCAAUGAAUCAAUUGUCAAUGGCAUGAUAUCCUCAGAUCCUCUACUUUCUUGGGACAAGAACACAUUCCCCUGUAACUGGACUGGAGUUCUCUGUGACAACUCCAGCACCAGAGUCGAAGGUCUUGAUCUUUCUGGGUUGAGACUCACAGGUUCCAUUAGCCCCUAUGUCGGUAAUCUCUCCUUCCUUUAUUCGCUUCAAGUACAAGGUAAUAGCCUUGCAGGAUCAUUUCCAGACCAAAUUGGUAAUCUUUUUCGCUUACGAGUCCUGAACAUGAGCUACAAUAGCUUUGUUGGUGCACUGCCACAUAACAUAAGCAACUUAGCUGAGCUCACAGUUCUGGACUUAACAGCGAAUAAGCUUUCCGGUCGACUUCCUACUGACCUUAGCCAGCUCACAAAGCUUCAGGUCAUAAAUCUUGGACAAAAUUCGCUUUCAGGUCCAAUUCCACCCUCCAUUGCCAAUGUUUCCUCACUCAUACGAUUAAAUUUAGGCACUAAUCUCCUCUCUGGUGAGAUACCAAGUGACUUGAGCCAACUUCGAAACUUGCAAGUGCUUAAUCUUGUCAUCAACAAUCUCACAGGCACUAUUCCUCCUUCCCUUUACAACAUGACUUCCCUAGUUAGUUUGGCUCUAGCAUCAAACCAACUAUGGGGGGAAAUUCCAUAUAACGUUGGGGAUACACUGCCAAAUCUUUUGGUAUUCAUUCUCUGCUUCAAUAAACUCACAGGAACCAUCCCAGGGUCUCUGCAUAAUCUGACCAACAUACAAGUCAUCCGUACGGCACACAACUUUCUGGAGGGAACUGUGCCACCGGGUUUGGGGAAUCUCCCAUAUCUGACAAUGUAUAAUAUUGGAUUCAACAGGAUUGUUAGCUCAGGCGAGAAUGGUCUCGAAUUCCUCACUUCUUUGAAAAACAGUACUCGUCUCCACUUCCUGGCCAUUGACGGCAAUCUCUUGGAAGGUGUCAUUCCAGAAUCUGUCGGAAAUCUUUCUAAAUCUCUUUCAAUAUUUUACAUGGGAGAUAAUAGAAUUUAUGGUCGCAUACCUGCCUCCAUUGGUCAACUAACUGGCAUAGCUUUGUUCAAUGUGAGCUACAACUCCAUGAACGGCUCAAUCCCUCCCGAAAUUGGCCAAUUGAAAGAGCUACAAGAGUUGGGGUUGGCUGGAAAUCAACUUUCCGGAACUAUUCCAGAUUCUCUUGGUAGCCUUGGAAAAGUGAACCAGAUUGAUUUAUCAGGAAAUCAAUUGGUUGGUCAAAUACCCACCAGUUUUGGAAACUUCGGCAAUUUGAUUUCUAUGGACUUGUCCAAUAAUAGGCUCAAUGGAAGCAUACCUAGAGAAGUUUUAAGCCUCUCUAGCUUGAGCAAAAUCUUGAAUCUGUCAAGGAACUUAUUAUCUGGACCUUUGAACGAACAAGUUGGUGUCCUGGACAACAUUGUAACCAUUGACCUCUCUAACAACCGUUUGUCUGGUAAUAUUCCUAGCUCAAUCAAAACUUGUAGGAGUUUGGAGAGAUUGUUCUUGGCAAAGAAUGAACUCUCUGGUCGUAUUCCAAACAGUUUAGGAGAAGUGAAAGGUUUGGAAGUUCUAGACCUCUCCUAUAACCAACUUUCUGGCUCCAUUCCUACUGACCUCCAAGAUCUUCAAGCCCUUCAGUCAGUGAACCUCUCUUUCAAUAACCUUGAAGGUGUAAUUCCCAGUGGUGGAGUUUUCAGAAAUCUCUCUAAAGUCAAAUUGGAAGGUAAUCCAAAACUCUGCUCAUAUUCGGGAUGUGACAGUAGUCCACGUCAUAGAAAUUUGGUGCUUAUUGUUUGUAUUACAGUCUCAAUCAUAGCAUUUGCACUUUGCAUCAUUGUUGGGUCCUUUGUGUUUGUAAGAAAACACAAGAGAAACAGUUGUGGAACCUCUGAUCUGCUAAAGGCUGAACAUCAAACAGUCUCAUAUCACGAGCUUCGUCGAGCAACUGACAAUUUCAACCAGGCAAAUUUGGUCGGAAAAGGCAGCUUUGGGUCGGUAUACAAAGGGUAUCUAGGAGAAGGUAUUGCUGUAGCAAUCAAGAUCCUUGACAUCAAAACUACUGGCUCUUGGAAGAGCUUUGUUGCAGAGUGCGAGGCUUUGCGAAAUGUGAGGCACAGAAAUCUUGUUAAAUUGAUCACAUCAUGCUCAAGCUUGGACUCUAAAAACAAUGAGUUUCUUGCUCUAGUGUAUGACUUCCUUGGUAAUGGGAGUUUGGAGGACUGGCUGAGAGGCAAAAGAACGAAACCAAAUGGAGAUGGGUUAAGCAUGACAGAGAGAUUGAAUGUGGUCAUUGAUGUUGCUUCAGUGUUGAAUUACCUACAUGAUGACAUUGAAGUCCCUGUGGUGCAUUGUGAUUUAAAGCCAAGCAACAUUCUUUUGGACGAAGAUAUGACUGCUAAGGUAGGAGACUUUGGUCUAGCCAAGCUACUGGUGAACAGAACCAACAAUCAGCAUUCUAUAAGCUCCACAUUUGCCUUAAAGGGGUCCAUAGGUUACAUACCUCCAGAAUAUGGUAUUGGGCAGAAACCAUCAAAGGCAGGAGAUGUGUACAGCUUCGGAGUGAUGUUGCUGGAGCUAUUUACUGGGAAAAGUCCGGUCGAUGAUUGCUUCAUGGGUGAACUGAAUCUCAUUGAGUCGGUGCGGUCAGUGUUUCCGCACAAAAUACUACAAGCACUUGACCCUGAGAUUUUGCAACACAUGGAAGAUCCAGACAUACAGCAUGAAUGCAUGAACAAGAUUUUUGGGGUUGGCUUGUCUUGCACUGCGGAUUCUCCUGAUUCUCGUAUCAGCAUGAAAGACGCUCUUCGCGAAUUGAAAUCGGUGAAACGCAUCCUUCUCAGUGACUAAUAAUGUCGAUUACUGUUAAAUAGUCUUUACUUCUUCAUAUUUGUAUAAUUAAGUCCUUCUCUCUUGCAUCUUGGGCAGAAUGUACUUCCCAGUAAUAAAUAAAUCAGAUUUGUACAUA